GCACGUCUGCGUAUCCAAUUGCAUUGCUCCAAAUACGUAGGCUACAUUGCGUUUUACGUUCCUGCGUCGGCUAACCGCGGUAGUCAGUCUGUGACAAAAUAGCGAACUGAGGGUUUGUUGUGUGCUGAAACAUGCCACAUAUAUCUAGAACUGACAUGUAUCAUCAAAUUAGACAUGGGAAUCUCCCUGCAGCAUGAGUGAUAGCGUGGUUUUUCCUAUAUCAAAGUGAUCAGUCGAGCAUCUAAACAGAGCGUCAGACUCUAUUUGGAAGAGAAGAUGGCGGAGUUCUCGCCUGUUUUGCCGAUGAGGGAUGGAGGAGGAAGGUUUGGCCAACCUAUAUUCCCGCGGUCCAGGUCUGGUUCCGAGUCGGAGAGCGAGCUGUCUCAGAGCCUUGCCCGGACAAAGAUCCGGUCGUAUGGAAGCACUGCUAGCGUUACGGCCUCUUUGGGGGAGAAAUUCAUAGAGCAUCGGGUUACAGACAGUGAUACCUUGCAAGGUAUUGCCCUUAAAUACGGUGUAACGAUGGAGCAGAUCAAGAGGGCCAACAAGCUCUUCAGUAACGACUGCAUCUUCCUGAGGAACAGUCUCAACAUCCCAGUUGUCUCUGAGAAAUCCUCAAUUUUUAACGGACUGUCCCUGGAGUCUCCUGACGGAGAGGGGGAGCCUAACUCUCUGGACCACGACCCCUCCAGUACGAUUCAAGACAUAGAGGUUCCCUCCCCACCCGACUCUCCACCCCCAGAGAACUCCAAAAAAAAAACUCAGUCUCAGCCCGAGGAACUGUCGGCCAAAGAUUUCCUACACAAACUGGACUUGCAAAUCAAACAGUCAAAGCAGGCAGCGCGGAGACUCAAAGAGGAAGAAGUGAGGGACAGUGAUGAAGAGUACACAGCCCCGGUCUCAGCAUACCAGGAAAUCUAAAUGGACAAGCCCUAUCUGUUUAUCUAACAUCCUGACACACACACACACAAACAAACACACUGCUUUUACCAAACCAAUCGAACUGAUGGGGUGUUAUCUUUUGCCUUUUCUGUUAUAGUUAUGGACUAUUGUUACUAUGGUUUUGUACUGCUAGCAUACAGUAAGAGCGUUGUUUGGACAACAGGUACCCAUUAACCCGCAACAUGCUUCUGAGGCUGGUGUUUAACCAGACACACUCUGCACCAACCAAUGUAAGGAGGAUUAGCAAGAUAAACUAGCUGUUACCUUUCCGAUUAUGUAAAUCCUUCCCUAGAAUAGAAUCAGAAACAUAUCCACUACUCCUUCUGUGUUUACUUCUGGUGAGAAGCUGUGGAUGGGGUUGAGCCUUUUUAUUCUGCUAUAUAUAUUCUGUUGUUCGGUUUACAGACUAGCAGAUUUUAUUAGGGAGCAGAAGGGAUGCCUCUUUUUGAAGUGUGAAUGUAAUGUUAUUUUUGUGCGUGGAAAACUGUAUAAACCAAGGCUGUUUUUAAUGUGCUUUUGUUCUGUUGAUUUUUGAGGAAGAAUAAAUAGAUGAUAAAACUU